AUGAGAUUGGUUAUUCGCGACGAUUAUGAUGAGGUGACAAACUAUGUUGCCAACUACGUCAAGGAGCGUGUCAAGCAAUUCAACCCUACCGCUGAGCGUCCCUUUGUCAUUGGUCUUCCUACUGGCUCCUCUCCUGUAAGUGUAUAUAAGCUCUUGGUCGAAAUGUUCAAGGCUGGUGAAAUCAGUUUCGAGCAUGUUGUUACUUUCAACAUGGACGAAUACGUUGGCUUGCCUCGUGAUCAUCCUGAAUCCUAUCACUCUUUCAUGUGGAAGAACCUCUUUAUGCACGUCAACAUCAAGCCCGAGAACGUUCACAUUUUGGAUGGUAAUGCUCCUGAUUUGGAUGAAGAGUGUAAGAAAUUUGAGGCUGAAAUUGCCCGGGUUGGUGGCAUUGAACUCUUCUUGGGAGGUAUUGGUCCAGAUGGCCAUAUUGCUUUCAACGAACCCGGUUCUUCUCUCACCUCUCGCACUCGCGUUAAGACAUUGGCCUACGAGACCAUCAUUGCCAAUGCUCGUUUCUUUGAUGGCGAUGUCUCCAAGGUGCCCAAGCUCGCUUUGACUGUCGGUGUUGCUACUGUGAUGGACGCUCGUGAGGUGCUUGUUAUCAUCACUGGUGCACACAAGGCCAUUGCUCUGGCUAAUUGUAUUGAAGGUGGUGUGAACCACAUGUGGACCGUAUCGGCUAUUCAAAUGCAUCCUAAGGGUUUGAUCGUGUGUGAUGAGGAUGCGACCCUUGAAUUGCAUGUCAAGACUGUAAAGUACUUCAAGUCUAUUGAACACGUCCAUCAAUCCUUGAUUGGCCCUGAAAACUUGUCUCUUCAAGGUGGUGUCAAGCAACUCAGAAAGUUGACUUCCAGCUCAAGAUCCCAAACUCCCUUGAAUGGUCCUUACGACGAGUAA